AUGCAUCCCCAUCUCUUUCCAACCAUCACUUUGUCCUUGAUGAUAGUAACCAUAACCUUAAUCCAUUGUCCAACAUAUUUGCUUGCGGAUAAUGAGCAAUAUCUCACAUGUGAGGCACCAUUUAACUGUAGCAACCUUGUGAACCUCAGUUAUCCAUUCUGGGGAUCCAAUCGACCAAACUAUUGCGGUCACCCUAGUUUUCAGUUAGACUGCAGCAGCAAUUCUCCGCAGAUCAACAUCACUUACAUGAAUUACAGAGUCCUUGAAAUCAAUAACUCAUCACGGACUCUCAAGGUUGCUAGGACGAAUUACUUGGACACGAUUUGCCCUGCUGCGUUCGUUAAUACCACCAUUGAUAACAACUUAUUUUCCUAUACUUUAGGUGAUAUGUACCUGACACUCUAUUAUAAUUGCCGUACGCCUCUAGCUGCUCUUCCAAAUCUUGUAUUUUAUCAGUUUAAUUGCUCCAUAAACAGCAGUACCGAGUUUUUCAAUUACUAUACCCAGAGCUCUCAGACUUUUUUGGCAAUUAGCAACUUAACUGGAGCAUGCAACUACUGGGUCAAUGUUCCUGUUCUGCAAUCAGCAGUUCCAACUGCUACAACUUAUGAUGCAUUAACUGCAGCUAUUGAUAGCGGUUUCAUGUUGGGGUGGGAUGCAAGUAAUUCCCAGUGUGAUACAUGCCUCGAGGCUGGAGGGCUGUGUGGUUCCGACCCAACCACGAGUUCAUUCGCUUGCCAUUGUACAAACGGGACUUUUGCAUCCGGUUGUAGCACUGCAUCAACUAGUAAGCAUCCAUUUUUGUUGUCAUAA